GUGUUUCCAGCUGGAUUGAGUAAUACCUCCCGUUUAUUUCAGGGUUUGCUUCAGUUCCUGUUACUUGAUGGCUGAAACAGUUAGUGGAAAACAUGCGGUGCAGUUUAGGGUGCCGUCUGCCAAGACAGACACAGUGAGGGCAGGUUUAAUUCAUCUCCUUUGCGCGUUUGGAUACAUUCCCACAGCUCCACAUGCAUUUUAAGGGGAUAUUUAUUUGAGCUCUCGCACUGCGACGAAAGACAUGUAUUCCUCCCUCGCUCUUUUCAUCCUAAUUAUAAUCCCCUCUGCAUGUAAACGCCUGCAUAGCAGCACCUGCAAUGUCGUCCCUAAAGAUGAGUACAUCGAAGUGGGAUCUGAUAUCGAGAUAGUGUGCCAGACUUCAUGUGUUCAUAGCAAAGUCUUCUGGACACUGAACGGCACACGUGUGGAUGAAAGCCUGUCAAACACCAUCAACUCCUCGCGCACAGUCCUGUCACUGAGGAACUUCACUUACCCCAAAGCCGAGUUAGUAUGCCACACUGCAGACACUGAGCGUAUCCUCGGGGGCACCAUCAUCAGAUCGUACUCAAAACCCAGAAACAUAUCAUGCAUGUUGUAUUAUAGUAAUCAGGACAGACCAGGUUUACCAGAUAAGUUCAUGUGCAACUGGGAGCACCAGAAAAAAGGAAAUAUAAACUACACUGUACUGAGUAAGUCGUCAUUAGCCCGAUCCUGGAGUGAAAUCUGCAAAUCACAUGAAACAACAUGCAUAUCGGAUUAUUUUAAAAUAAGUGAUAAAAUACCCUUGCCAGUCAAUUUCAGUGUUACUGUGAGAGCUAAAACUGCUGCUUGGAACACAUCCUCUGAUACCUAUACAUUUCACCCAUCAAAAAUAUUGCAAAUUACCAGACCAAAGUUAAAGGUAACUACCACCUCGGAUCGUAUAUUGGUUACGUGGACAAUCGCGUCACAUAAAAUGACAACAAACUGUCAAGUCAAAUACAGGAAGGCUGUCAAUGAAGCAACACCCGUGGUGCUCAAUAAGACUCUGGUCAAUACAGAAACAUCUGAAGUGGCCAUUGAAAACAUCGACUCCUGCAGUAACUACACGUUUGCUGUCCGGUGUGCUCUUAAGGAGGCCCCCUGGAGUGCUUGGAGCCAGGAGACGGUUCUGACUAAACUAAAAAGGAGCGAUGUGAGGCUGCGCCUGUGGAGAAAGGUAGCUGAAGCAGAGAAAAAUGGCAUUAGAAAGGUUCAUGCCAUGUGGACGGAGAUUCCUUCAUCGUGUCAAGAGACAUUUACCUACACCAUCAAACAGACUCCCUACAAGGACCUCAUGACUGGAGUAAACCAUACAGAUACUUUAUGUGGCAGUUCAAUGUGUGACGUUGAUGUAAACCAAGAAGCACACAGAAUAAAUCUCACAGCCUUCCAUAAUGAAUCCCUUUCUCUUGUGGAGGACUCAGUUUAUGUUCCAGCCAUUGACGAGAGCCUCCCUCAAGUUACCGACAUCCAGACCUCAACCCAUGAAGGCAGUAUUCUGGUCAGCUGGAAGGCUCCUCUGCAGCCUGUCCGUGGUUACAUGAUCGACUACACCCACAAUGGCAAUCAAUACUACUGGAAGGAGACCAAGUACACUAAUGCAACGCUGUUUGAUCUCCUGGAUAAGAAGCCAUACAACAUCACAGUGACUCCCCUCUUUGACGACAAGACGGGUCACGGCAAGACGGCCCAUCAGAUCUGCUCCAGAGUCGGAGAACCAGGGAAUGUCUCUAUCGACAACAUUCAGGCUAGAGACACAAGUGCCGUUGUGAGCUGGAUUGUGAAGUCAGAGGAGCCGUGCAGUGGUGAUAUAGUCAACUACACCAUCUUCUACGGUACACAGGACGGACCACAGCUCAAUGUCACUGUAGGUAACACAACGCAGGAGUUUGUUUUGAAAGACCUAAAUCCAGAAACCCAAUACAACGUCUACGUCAAAGCCACAGCUCUUACAGGGGCUACCCAAAGCGAGAACAAGUUGUUCACAAGCAAAAGAUUUGAUCCGAGGCUCAUCCUGGCACUCAGCAUCUGCGGAGGCAUCCUUAUAAUCCUUGUGUUAUCUCUUGGAUUAUGCUGUGCUGUUCAGUGGAAGAAGUUCACGGAGAAGCCGGUGCCUAACCCUUGUAACAGUUCUCUAGCUUGGUGGCGAUCGUCAAGCGAUGAAAAGGGAAUAUGCUCCUACCCGCCAUUCCUAGAUCCAACCGAAAGCCCUUGUGACAGUGUUUACACAGAGAAAGCUCUCGUCUCUCCUCUCGCCCCACGGUGCAAUGAUCACCCAGCCAGUGACCACACAGAGGAAUACGUUGAUCCAGCCACAGUCUCAGAUGGACACAUACAAAAGCAAGACCCGGUUGAACUUGCAGGGACACAAAAUUCAUCUUCUCCCGAGGAAUGCACAGAGCUGCUUCCUUCAGAGAACGUCCUCUCCAGCCCAUAUCGAAGUCAGACUUCUGUGGAAACUCCAGCCCCGAGGGCCAUUAAGCAAUGCAAGCGAGCUCCUGUGAAACAGCAAGAAAAAAUGCUGCCAGUUACUGUUUAUGUCACUUUAGACAUGUUUGAAUAAAGUCGGACCAGAUAGGAAGAAAAAAAAAAUUCAUCAGGGAGAGUGGAUGUGGUUUAAUAUUGCUAAAUACUUCCAUCGUGUCCAGUAAGGAAAGAAAGUGAGUAAUAGUAAUAGAACCACCUGUGUGUUCUGCGAAAAGAAAAAUGACAUGUAGCACAAAUAUGUAACAUUUAAAGCAAAACAUUGUGUGUGUAGAUACAGAUUACAUGGAGAUAACUGUAUAUCCCCUCCAGCAACUGGUUUUGGUCUUGUUUACAUUAUGCGGUGGAGGUUGAAAUAAUAAAACAAAUAUGUACAUGGACAAGUUAUAAUAUAUCACAAAGCCCUGGUUUGUCCAAGGGUAGCAUGCAGAGGAUUUAUGUAAAUAUUAGCUAUGUAAUAUAAAAAGAUGUUCAUGUUUCCUGCUUCAUUGAUAUCUGUCUUUAACGUAACCUGCUUGCUCGACACCAGAAAAUUGUAUUUGUUGUAUUUUUUUUUUCUCUGUACAGCUCGAAUUCAACAUGUACUAUACAUAAGCUGCUUGAUAGUGUGGCGUCUGUUGUUUUUAAUGAAACAACAAAUAGCUACAGAACUAGACUCAACGAGCUGUUAGCAGGCAUACUGUAAUGUAUUAUCACAAACUAUUAUAUUUAUUAAAAAUGUGAAAUGUUUUUUUUUAUUAAUCAGCAAAGAAAUACUGUAACAUUUAAUACAUAUGCACUCAGUUAAAUGGGUUUGAAAGCUGGCAUUCAUUUUAUUAUUGUUAUUAUUAUUAUUGUUAUGUUGUACAGUAUUGAACAUGCAGCAACAACAGACAAGACCAGGUGAGCAAAAGUGGAAAUCACAAUAUGUAAAAUAUUAAACAAACAUGUUAAAUAAAGCACCAAAAUGUUGUUUUACAGUA